AAAUAGGAAGUUUCCAGGGGGACAGUCCUCGAGCGGCCAUGGGGUCCAGGUCCAGGUCCAGGUCUAGAGAACGGCGUCGGCGGAGAAGUCGAUCUAGGUCUGAAGAGCGAGAAAGUCGAGGGAGGAUAAGAAGAAGAAAUCGGGAAGGGAGCUCAGAGGAAGAGAGCCAAAAAUGGGGAAAGAAAAAAGAAAAAAGCAAGGACCAGCAUCACAAGAGACACAAGAGACAUUCUUCACAUCACCGGGAAUGGUCUUCCAACUCAGAUUCCUCUUCAGAAAAAAGGGGCCACAAAAGCGAGAGGAGGGGGAAGAAGUACCGGAAGCGUUCUGAAUCCAGGUCCUCCGUGUCUUCCAUGACAUCCCAAUCAUCCUCCCACUCACAGAGCUCCAAGGGUGACUUCGGUGAGCAGCUAAGCCUUCAGGAACGCUUGAGAUUGAAAGAAGAGAAAAAAAACCAAAAGGAGCUGAUGAAGGCUCUGGAAACCCCUGAAGAGAAACGGGCCCGACGUCUAGCCAAGAAGGAGGCCAAGGAACGGAAAAAACGGGAGAAGAUGGGAUGGGGAGAAGAGUAUAUGGGUUACACCAAUACCGACAACCCUUUUGGAGACAACAACCUUCUAGGGGCUUUCAUCUGGAGCAAGGCUUUGGAAAAAAAGGGAAUUGGACACUUAGAGGAGAAAGAACUGAAAGAUCGGAACAAGCGGAUCCAAGAAGAAAAUCGCCUUGAGUUGCAGAAGGUGAAGCAGCUCCGCCUGGAGCGAGAGCGGGAGAAAGCCAUGAGGGAACAAGAGCUGGAGAUGCUGCAGCGGGAGAAAGAGGCGGAGCAUUUCAAGACAUGGGAGGAGCAAGAGGACAAUUUCCAUCUUCAGCAAGCCAAGCUACGCUCCAAAAUCCGGAUCCGAGAUGGGCGGGCCAAGCCAAUUGAUCUCUUGGCAAAAUACAUCAGUGCUGAAGACGAUGACUUGGCAGUGGAGAUGCAUGAGCCUUACACAUUUCUAAAUGGACUCACCGUCUCCGACAUGGAGGAUCUACUAGAAGACAUCCAGGUUUACAUGGAAUUAGAGCAAGGGAAGAAUGUGGAUUUCUGGAGAGACAUGACCAUCAUCACUGAAGAUGAAAUAGCCAAACUCCGGAAACUGGAGGCUUCUGGGAAAGGACCAGGAGAGCGCCGUGAAGGGGUGAAUGCCUCAGUUAGUUCUGAUGUACAAUCUGUCUUCAAAGGGAAGACCUACAAUCAGUUGCAAGUGAUCUACCAGGGAAUCGAGGGCAAGAUCCUGGCUGGGGGACCCAACUUGGACAUUGGCUACUGGGAGAGCCUGCUCCAGCAGUUAAAGGCAUACAUGGCACGGGCCAGGCUGCGAGAACGGCAUCAGGACGUCCUGCGCCAGAAGCUGUACAAGCUCAAACAAGAACAAGGUGUGGAAAGUGAACCCCUUUUCCCCAUCAUGAAAAAAGAGCCGCCAUCCCCAGAAGCUGCCAGUAGCAGUCACAGGCUAGUGCCAGAGGAAAAAGCCCCAGCACAGCCUGGUCCCUCCUCCGCGGAGCCUCGCACUGAACCGGAAGCUGAAGCCAAAGCUGAGGGAGACGGAGAAGCAGUGCUGAUUGAGGAGGACCUGAUUCAGCAGAGCCUGGAUGACUACGAUGCCGGCAAAUACAGUCCCCGGUUGCUCACCUCCCACGAGCUCCCCUUUGAUGCCCAUGUGGUGGACGCGGACGAGGAUCUCCAGCGCCUCCAGCUGUCCCGGCAGCAGCUCCAGGUCACAGGUGAUGCUAGUGAGAGUGCUGAGGAUAUUUUUUUCCGCCGGGCCAAAGAAGGGAUGGGAGCCGAUGAGGCCCAGUUCAGCGUGGAAAUGCCCUUGACCGGCAAGGCCUACCUGUGGGCUGACAAGUACCGUCCUCGCAAGCCGCGUUUCUUCAAUCGAGUGCACACCGGAUUUGAGUGGAACAAGUAUAACCAGACCCACUACGAUUUUGACAACCCCCCACCCAAGAUUGUGCAGGGUUAUAAGUUUAAUAUCUUCUACCCGGACCUGAUUAACAAACGUUCCACCCCAGAAUAUUUUCUGGAAGCUUGCCCAGACAACAAGGACUUUGCCACCCUGCGCUUCCAUGCUGGACCUCCCUACGAAGAUAUUGCCUUCAAGAUAGUCAACCGAGAGUGGGAAUACUCUCACCGGCAUGGCUUCCGCUGCCAGUUUGCCAACGGCAUCUUCCAGCUCUGGUUCCACUUCAAACGCUACCGUUACAGGCGCUGAAGAGGUGACUGGGAGUGGGCUGAUUUUAUGAUGGGACAAACAUGGUGGAUAAGAGGCACAGAGAACUGGUUCCUUGAGCAUGGACCAAAAUGGCGGCUUUCAAGAUAGGCGCAUCAGACUUGAUAGCUUUUGUAAAGUGUUAGGACUACAACUGUCAGAAAUUUAUCUUUUUUAAAAAAUGUUUCAAGGCUGCCCUGAUGUUGAGCAGCCAUUCAGCUCUGGGGGAACUGUCUUUUUGGCAGUAGAUGGAGCUCUUUCCUCUGCUAGGCAGUGACGUCUGAGACCUGUCAAUUUAAAGUGCCUAACCGAGGUGGCUGAUAUCUUGACUGAGAUUAUCCUUGUUUUCUGACAAUGUAUAGAUAUGGGAAGGUGGGAGAAAGUGUCCAACUAUGAUAAAGAUGUUGGAUAUGUGCUACUUGUUUGGUAUUUUUUACUCCAAUAUGGGAGAACGUAAAAGGGAAAAGACAGGCUUCCUGUCCUAAAGAGGGCUGUAAGAAGACUCAGUUACGCAAGUAUAUGCACAAACAGUCUUCUCCAGCUGUGCAGAUUGUUCAGUACUGAUCAAUAAACUAAGCUGAAGGAUGCAGCUAUGAGUAGCAGCUGGUAACUUUCGAAAUGGAUUAAAUAAAUGGUUACAAAAGAAAAUAGUUCCAUCAGUGGUAGAAAUGUAGGGACACUGUGACUCAGAGGGGCUUUUUUUUUGAAAGGGGGUGGGAGUUGAAUAACAAGAAUGUUGUGUGGGGAGUGGGGCAAGCCACAGCAACAUCAAAAUGGUAAACUGCACAAUGUGGUCAUUACCCAAAUGCCUCCAUUACAUAUUGGCCUCACAUUUGACACAAGGCUUAAUGUGUUGACAUCGUCAGACAUAUCCUUUGCCCCUACAGGCACCUAUGGAGGAGGAGUGGACCCUUUGCUCUUUAAAGGUUUGCCGAAAGCAACCCAUGUCUUCAAUUUCUUUGACCUAGUUGUUUGGAUUCCUGUGGUGCGCUGUAUAUUAUAACAAGUAUGGUCAUUGCUGGUUAAUUUUGGCUGACGAUGGCUUAGAUUGACUCCUUUCUAUCUGUGUCCGGUCUGAUAAACAAUCUCCCAGCCAGCACUGGAUCAUGGCUAGGAUCUGUGAUAAUCAAAAACAGUUUGGUGUCGUGGUUAGAAACCAGGGGACCUGAGUUCUAGUCCCGCCUUAGGUCUGAUAAAAUGGCUGGGUGACUUUGGGCCAGUCAGCUAACAUACUUCACUCAGGGUUGUUCUUGUGAGGAAAAUAAAGGAAUAUUCAA